GAGGGCGUUUGUUAUGAUGGCAGCCUCUUCCGACGCGGCGGCGAGGCCAGAAGCGAGAGAGGCGAGGAUGUCCCUGUGAGUUCUCCUUCGGAGGAUGUCCAUGAUCCUCUUCACUUGCGUGGUGCGGAUAAAGGACGGACUUCCCCUCUCGGCGUCCAGCGAUUUCCACCUAGACCCUCAGUUUUUGGAAUGCAGGAAGAGACUCAACAUCCUGUCCUCCGUCCUGACACAAUAUCCAGAACGCGGCACGGCCAAAGAGUGUGACCUCAACAGCGUCAUCCAGAAAACCCAGAACCAAUUCAAUCACACCAACUGCGCUCAGCCGAAGUUCGACGUUGCCAAAAUGCAGGAGGAGCUUCGCCUGCGACCUCCGGCCCUCGUCAGCUGGGAAGACAUGGAACUGGUCAACGGGAUGGUGAACGGCCGGGCGGAAGUCCACCUCGAGGCAGUUCUCCUUCGGAGGAUGUCCAUGAUCCUCUUCACUUGCGUGGUGCGGAUAAAGGACGGACUUCCCCUCUCGGCGUCCAGCGAUUUCCACCUAGACCCUCAGUUUUUGGAAUGCAGGAAGAGACUCAACAUCCUGUCCUCCGUCCUGACACAAUAUCCAGAACGCGGCACGGCCAAAGAGUGUGACCUCAGUAUACAGAUGCCUGAAGAUGGGCAAGAAAUUAGGAACGUCGUAGCGUUUCUGCUGCCUUUCCUGUCCUGCUUCGGCUUGUGUUACCUCUACCUGUUCUACACUUCCGCCCGGAAGACCAAAGUCUCCAUUCUAUUCGUGACCGUCUUCCUCUGCAACCUCUACCUAUAUGGAUUACGGAACCACUGGCAGAUUCUCUUCCACGUAGCCGUGGCGGCCUUUUCUUCUCACCAGAUCCUCACCAGGCGGGUGGCUGAGAAAAUCCUGGAUUUGGGGGUGUGAGAAAGGACACCCCACGACAUCCCAGAACGGGUCGUUUUUGGGGGAAAAAAAGUCUCAGCUUUCAAACCUAUCAGCUCUGAGCAGAUUGACUCGUAAAUCUGGCGGUUGUUUUUUUCUUUCCGUCCUUGCUCAAAAUAAUGCAAAGAAAGAACACUAUUUUUAUUUUUUUUUAGACCUGUGACAGGCAGCAAAGGAAAUAACCGUCUAAAGAAAGGAAGCUUGCAAUCGUUGUGGAUUAAUUUGUUUAAUCCGAGAAAAGGCCGCAGGAUGUGUGCCUUGAAGAAGACGCUCCCUGCUCUGGAUUCAAGUAGAAAUUCAGAGUUUUUGAGGCUGCCGUCUAGAUUUUCCAUCCAUUUUUAUUUUUUAUUUUUGUUAUUAUUGUUGCUGUUCCUUUCAAGUGGAGAACAGAAAGCCACAUACAUACUGAUAAUCUGGGAAAAUCAACCUGGAAAAAAAAAAUCAGAUGCACUGAAUACUCCCAAAAUUGUGUCCUAAGCUUCCUCCAAAGUUGAGCAUUGGAACUUGGUUGCAACCAUUUUGGGGGGUGGGGGAGUUUACCUCCCCCGUUUAAAGCACAAGAUUAUUCACCAAGCAUUUUAGGGUUUAUAUGUAUAUAUAUAUAUAUAGACAUACAGACGUACAGCCAAAGUGGGCCAUUGCUGUCAUAAUGCAUAUAUAAUUUAUUAUUAUAUUAUUUGGGGGAGGAAUCGUUUGGGAAACUGACUUGAAUCUCGUCUGCGUUAGACGAAAUUGUAGAUAAAUGUAUUUAUAUUGAGUUGUGGGUAGAGAAGGCCACAGCCUUGAAACAACAAUGAUGGCGAAGGUGCCUUCAGAUAAUGUCCUGUAAACGUUUCCUGCACAUAUAGCCUGCUCCUCGUUUUGGAUUAAAACUUGGUUAC